AGUCCCACCGGAAGCUACUACGACAGCAGUCAUGGCGUCCACCGCUGCGACCCGUACGGCGGCGGUCGCGUCUAAAGUUGUUAAACCUAUUUUCAGCCGCGACCUGGAUGACGCUAAGCGCAGGGUCCGUCAGCUGUACCGAGCCUGGUACCGAGAGGUCCCCAUUACAGUUGCUAAGUUUCAGUUGGACAUAACAGCCCGUCAGGGAAGAGACAAAGUUAGGGAGAUGUUCGACAAAAACAAGCACGUCACCGACCCCCGUGUAAUUGAUUUGUUGGUCGUCAAGGGGAAACAGGACCUUGAGGAGACGAUCCACGUCUGGAAGCAGAGGACUCACUUAAUGCGCUAUUUCCACGAAACGGAGGAACCUCGUCCCACUGACUUCCUGUCCAAAUUCUACCGAGGCCAUGACCCAUGAACUGUGUAGCUGUCUUCUGACCUUUGACCCUUCUAAGCUUGUGUCCAGUGUGACUAAUUGUCCUCUUCAUUGUAAAUACACACUCAGAACUAA